UUUCCAUCCAUCAUCGCAUCAUCACUGCCAUCAACAUCACGGUAGGCAAGCAAGCAGCAGAGGAAGCCACCGGGCUUGUGACGCGAAUCGCCUCUUCAAUUGCACGUCGCCCGCAACACCACACACCCUGUGGAACGACCAGCUCAUACCCACGAGCUCCACCGUUCCCUCCUGUUGCUCCGUCGCUCGCCCCGUCCCGCUGACGGCUUCUCCUCCCUGCUACACCGCCUCAACCAUUACUUCAACCACUACCGCCGGCCUUUCGCGAUGAGAGCAAGUGGCCGUGCAAAGGAAUAUGUACGCCGGCUUAUACACAGGGGAGGGUUGGAGGGGACGACAAUUGGAACGCGAAAUUCAAGGCUGUCUUUCGUCGCACCUCCGGCGGCCUAGGCUGCCUUCGGAGAGCCUGUCCCGUGCUUUAAAUAAAGUGGUUUACGGAGCGGACCACCGCACCACCACUCGCCAACCUGAGCUGCAGCGCCAAGGACAUAAGCGGCAAAACUUCUUAGCUGACUCGGCUGAAAUUUGGACCGCGAUGGUCAUCGUUAUCUGCUGUUGCUUAUGGGGUGACGGUGCUCUGCCGUGUCUGCCUUGGUGCCUGCCCUGGUGCCUGGAAGUACAUCCUUGUUCGCAUCACUUUACCCAUGUUCAAAUGCAUGGGUCAACCGCUCCUGCUCGUUCUGACCUGACUACUGAGAACCUUUCUUUCCUGCACUACAGUCUAGAAACCUCACUUACUAUUUUAUUAACUAGCAAUUCCGACUUCGAAACCUCACACAUCUAAUUUAGGCGUCGCCUGAGCCCCUUGAGUCGACAAAGAGCUUCGGCGGUGUGAUCUCCUGUGGCUAUGUCUGUAGAUCUAUUUUAAGAUAUCGCAUCUGUGGACAAAUUAAAAAGGCCUUCUGCUUACAC